CUACAAACAUCAGCGCCCAUACCCGCGACGAACAUCCCGCAACGAACAUGACCGUUACUGUCCCAAAGAUACAGCUCAACAAUGGCGUCGAGAUCCCGGCUGUAGGGCUAGGGACCUGGCAGAGCAAGCCCGAGGAGGUGGUGACCGCUGUCUCGUACGCUCUGAAGGAGGCGGGGUACCGUCAUAUUGAUUGCGCCUGGGCGUAUGGCAAUGAGAAAUCGGUCGGCGAAGGCAUCCGCCAAUCCGGGGUCCCGCGAUCGGAGGUCUUCAUCACUAGCAAAGUGUGGUGCACGUGGCAUUCUCGUGUAGAACAAUGCUUGGACGAGACUCUCGCCAACCUUGGCACGGAUUAUCUCGAUCUUUAUCUCGUACAUUGGCCAGUACCUCUGAACCCCAAUGGCAACCACCCUGCUUUCCCUACACUUCCUGACGGCAAGCGUGACGUGGAUCAUUCUUGGAAAUUGUCGGAUACUUGGAAGCAAAUGGAAGAGGUCCUCAAAAAGGGAAAGGUCAAGGCUAUUGGCGUAUCCAACUUCUCCGAGAAGAAACUGGAGGAAAUCCUUCCUACUGCCACCGUUGUCCCGGCAGUGAAUCAGCUUGAGCUCCACCUCUACAAUCCACAGCACAACCUCCUCAAGUACUUGCGAUCGAAGGGAAUCGUUCCACAGGCGUACUCCCCGCUCGGCUCUACAAACUCGCCUCUAUUCUCUGACGAGACGGUCGUCGAAUUGUCAAAGAAAUACGACCUCCAACCUUCGGAUGUUCUCCUAGGUUACCUACUGGCCAAGGACAUCGUGAUUCUGCCCAAGUCGAUUACACCGUCUCGCGUUGCCUCCAACCUCGUCGGUGCUGUGACUGCCGCCAACAAGUUCUCCAAGGAUGACCUGGACAAACUCGACGCCGUGGCAGCCAGCGGCAAACAGAAGCGAUUCAUCAUGCCUCCGUGGCCCAUUGAUCUCGGGUUCGAGAACUGGGGCUGAAACGUGAUCGGGAUAUACC